AUUACGAAGUGUUUGUUUUAAUUGAUUGCAAUUGUAUAGAUAGUCAUGAACUUCUCAGAGUUAUUCAAACAAAGUGGCCAUCUUUCGAAAUUUUCACCGGAUGGACAAUGCUUGGCCAGUUGUGUCCAAUACCGACUGAUUGUACGAGACGUUCACACACUUCAGAUCCUUCAGCUUUAUACAUGUCUGGAUGCAAUCCAAUGUUUGGAGUGGUCAUCAGACUCCAAGUUCAUCUUAUGUGGAAUGUACAAGCGAGGGAUAGUACAGGUAUGGUCUUUGGAGCAGCCUGAAUGGACAUGCAAGAUAGAUGAAGGGUCAGCUGGACUGGUCAGUGUGAGAUGGAGCGCUGAUGGACGUCACAUCUUGACCACAGCUGAGUUCAAUCUGAGGAUCACUGUAUGGUCAUUGGUCAAUCGAUCAGUCUCCUAUAUCAAGUAUCCUAAAGAGGCCAAGCAAGGAAUGCAUUUCACUAAAGAUGGCAAGUACAUGGCAUUGGCUGAGAGGAGAGACUGUAAAGAUUUCAUCAGUGUCUUUGCUUGUAAUACAUGGCAACUUGUCAAACAUUUUGAGACGAAUACUCGAGACCUAGCAGGGUUAGAGUGGUCUCCUGAUGGCAGAGUGCUGUGUGUAUGGGAUUCAUUAUUAGAGUACAAUCUUCUACUCUACUCAGUAGACGGACGGUGCAUUGCGACAUUCAAAGCUUACGAGUAUGCACUGGGCAUCAAGUCUGUUUGCUGGUCCCCUAGUAGUCAGUUUCUUGCUAUUGGUAGCUAUGAUCAAAAGGUGCGUGUGUUGAAUCACAUAACAUGGAAGACAGUUGUAGAACACAGCCAUCCUCCAACAUUAGAUACACAAACUGUGGUUGUGUACAAGGAAGUAGAACAGCGCCCUCAGGUGUUAGAUGCAGGAGCACAGAAAUGGCCCUCGGAUGGUGGAGGGAUGUUCAGUGUACAAAGCAAAUAUGAAGUUCAGCAAGGUUCAGUACCAUUGCCAAGCAUUAAGCCAGAUCCAGAUAAAGCUAAUCCGAAGAUUGGGAUUAGUCUCUUAUCCUUCAGCCCUGAUAACAGGUUCAUGCUAUCUAAGAAUGAUAACAUGCCUAAUGCCCUGUGGAUAUGGGACGUUCAGAAGCUCUCUCAGGCCGCUAUGCUGCUUCAAGUUGGAAGCGUAAGAGCUGCCAAGUGGGAUCCAUGCAGAGCUCGUCUAGCGGUGUGUACAGGAAGCAAUAAGCUUUAUCUCUGGUCCCCUGAUGGUUGUGUAGCAGUAGAGGUACCGGCUGAAGCAUCUUUCCAGGUGACAUCGUUGUCAUGGCACCCUGAAGGUAAAGCCAUUCUCCUCUCAGGGAAGGAUCAUAUGUGUGUAUGUUAUCUAGCAGAGGAGGGGGAGGAAGAGGAGGAGGGAACAUGAUCCAUCCAUCGUUGUGGAGAUUGGUGAUGAUGCAGAGUAUUACUUCAUUUCUCUCUAUUUUAUAAUGGACACAAUUCCAUGGAUACCUUUACCAGGAAUGCCAGAAGUAAGAAGUUUUAGGUUCUGUCGCAUCGCUGUUUCAUGCUGUUAUCAGGCUUCAACAUGUGUGAGCCUGCUUUCAGGCUCAUAAGGUAAAGCCACCUGGUAUCUUUUAAUUCUAUGCUACAUGUGCUUGUAUGACAUUACACGAAAGGUCAGUCUGCUUAAAGGAGUUUUUUAACAUAUUUUAUCUUUUGAGGCUCUCCUGAAGGCAAGGGAUUUUGUGAAGCCAGAUGUUGUCUUAGCGGAAUAUAUCUCAUGUCCCAUGUUCUAAAUAUUUCAUAAAGUUAGCAACAUGAAAAUGAUAGAAAAAGGACUCAAAAUCUGCUGUUCAUGUUGUCUUAUCUGUUCACUUGGGUAAGAAUUAGGCAGCUUAGCUGGAAUAGUGAAAUGUGGUGGAAAAUAAAUACACAUUCAGAACACAAAAGGCAUGAUAAUAGUUUGUGACAUGAUAACAGUUUGGAGAACUUACAAGUGUUACUUGAUAUAACUCAUCGACAGUUUCUGUAAUAUUUAGCCUAAUCAAGUUUAUAAGUAGAGGUAUGUGCUAGCUCUUUGUCCCAAUGAUAUUAUGGUUCUACCUCUAUGCAAUACAAUUAUUUUAACAAUGAUGCAAUUUGCAUUCUGAAUGUAUCGCUGUCUUUAUGUAUCAUUAUCUUCUGCUAUUAAAGCUGCCUUAUAUUACCCAGCUUUAAUGAUAAAGUUGAGUUCUGGU